AUGUUGAUUGGAAUCUGUGGAAGCAUCUGCGCGGGCAAGUCGACGGUUGCACAGUACCUGGUUGAGCGCCAUGGCUUUACACGGCUGAGCAUCCGGGCGAAUGCUGGCGGUGACACGGGCCCUGACGUGGCAUCGUCUUCGUCACCUGGCUCGCAGACCACCUUUGCCACGGCCGAGGAGCUGCUCGACUUUGUCACGCUGCGCUGGCGGGGGCGCUGGGUGACCACCGACGUUGCGAGCGAGCCCGUCCUGGACAUCUUUGGUCGGCGCCCCUUCUUCCUGCUCAUCAGCGUGGACGCCCCUGUUGCGGUGCGUUGGCGGCGGGCCCAGCGGCGCACAAAGAGCCAGGAGCCGAUGGACCUCGAAACGUUUGUCACCGAGUCCGACUUCCAGCUGUACGGCGGCGGGCCCAAGGCAUACGCGCCCCUGCUGCCCAUCAUGGCCCGGGCGGCCAUGCGCUUUGCCAACGGUGGGCUCGAGGAGAAGACGCUGUCGACGGAGCCGCUGUUUGCGGCCCUCGACAAGGCCGGGCUGGACGUGGAAGGCGUCGAGCAGCUGCUGCGGCCGUCGUGGGACCGCUACUUUAUGUCGCUGGCCUCGCUCGCCGCGCAGCGGAGCAACUGCAUGAAGCGGCGCGUGGGUUGUGUGCUGGUGCGCGAGAAGCGCGUCGUGAGCACCGGCUACAACGGCACGCCGCGCGGCUUGCGCAACUGCGGCGAGGGCGGUUGCGGGCGGUGCAACGGCGGCUUGGGAGCGGGUGUCGCGCUGGCGACGUGUCUGUGCCUGCACGCCGAGGAGAAUGCGCUGCUGGAGGCCGGGCGCGAGCGCAUCCCGACGGCGUCGCUUGCCAACACGAUCCUGUACUGCGAUACCUGCCCGUGUCUGACUUGUAGCAUCAAGAUCGUGCAGGUCGGCAUCGGCGAGGUGGUUUACAGCCAGGGCUAUAGCAUGGAUGCUGAGACGGCCGCCGUCUUCGAAGAGGCCGGUGUGCGCCUGCGGCAGUAUAUUCCGCCCAAGCAAGGCCUCAUCCACCUCGAUAGAAUGACCGUUUCAUGA